GGGAUCACCAUGUGAGGUGAGUUACCUCCAUCAUGUAUGUGGUGUGUACUUUAUUGGUGGUGAAUGGCCACACUCAUGCUAAUUUGCCAUAAUGAACUACUUCAACAAUCAUUGCACUCACCUCCUUAUAGCCCCUCCUUAUCACUAACUCUAUAUUUCUAGACACUGAUAUUGAAUUGGCCUUGAUCAGCUGACCAACCCAGCAACAAAGAUCAAUGGAGGUUGUUGAAUUGAAGGUAAAUAUGCACUGCAAGUGCAAUGCCUGCGCGAAAAUCGUACGCAAAACAUUGUGCAAGAUUAAAGGGGUUAAGGGUGUGGAAAUAGACACCAUAUUGAACAAGAUCACAGUGUUGGGGUACAUGAACCGCAAGGACGUCGUAAAGGCGGUCAGGAGGACAGGGAGGAGAGCAGAGGCGUGGCCGUCAACCUGUGGCGUGGAGGCCCCAAGCCCUCGUCUGCCUAGAGGGUUCCGGUGCAUCAUUCCUAGGUGUAUUGUUUCUAAAAGUUGAAAACGUGAACGAAGAUGAGCGAUUUCAAUGUUUUCAUAUGCAAAUAAAUAAAUAAAAACAUGAAAAGGUCGUGAAUAUUGAUGUA